GAGUAAAAACAAUAAUUAGCUGCAUUCGGAACAACAAUGGCAUUUUGCAUUGCUGUUAUUGGCAAAGACAAUGCACCAUUAUAUCUGACCACAUCUGACUUAGAGCGGGAAUUGGAUCUUCAAUAUCAUGUACAUGCGGCACUUGACGUUGUGGAGGAAAAGUGCCUAAUCGGAAAGGGUGCACCCGAAUCAAAGGAAUUGUACUUGGGAUUACUUUUCUCAACGGAAAAUCACAAAAUCUACGGAUUUGUGACCAAUUCCCGAAUUAAAUUCAUUGUCGUCAUAGAUUCGUGCAACGUCGCUUUGCGGGAGAACGAAGUGCGUGUGAUAUUCCGAAAUUUGCACAUGCUCUAUACUGAUGCUGUUUGUAAUCCAUUCUACAUUCCUGGUGAACAAUUGACCUCAAAGAAAUUUGACCGAGCAGUCCAAAAACUUAUGAGCGGCAAUAUUUAACUAAUAUAAAGUAUUUUCAAUGUACCCAGCUACAUAUGUGUACAUUUACGUGAAAUAUAGACUUAAAAUUA